AUGCCAAAGGACAGGAAGAGUCUGGGCUUCACCCGCCUCCCUGCAAACCAGCAGGCGCGUAGUUCCUACAUGCAGCCCCAGCGGCCCCACACAGGGUUGGUCCAUCAGCCAGGUGACCAGGCAUCUCCAGGAACUUCUGAAUUUCACCAAGUCAAGCUGCCCACUCUCCACUCCACAAGGAUGCUAUUUUUUUUUUUUAAAGAAAAAAAAAAAUUGGAUUCUAGAGCCUCGGGAAUGCAUGUGCAUUGCAUCUUUCAUAUUAGGGGUCAGGGUAGAUUAACUUCUUCCGAGUUAGGGGGAAAGGUAGAAGCUGCAGUAAUUUGUUCUUUUAAAUAUCUGUUUAACCUAAUAUGGACUAUGCUGGUAUCCUCUUGUGUUCCCUGUGCCUUUCUUUUUCUCUAUACCACCUGCGUCCAAAAAAGAUGGAUAAGAAGUGCUUUUCAAUGUUCACCUUGCCGUUUGCUUCUCUGCCAGUCUGUGUGGCUACGGGGAAAGGGGAGUGCCGUACCAGCUGGGGCUUAG